GAAACUAUAACUGCAAUCUCUCUCUCUCUCUCUCUCUCUCUCUCUCUCUCUCUCUCUCUCUCUCUCUCUCUCUCUCUCUCUCUCUCUCUCACUUUGAGUAUGGAUUACCUAUUUCCUUCUAGCAACAACGACACUGUAUUGAGCUCUUCAAACAAGGAAGCAAAUAAUGAAAAUCUUGAUUCAAACCACGACCAAGAGGCUGCGUUGUUUGGGCAGUUUCCGUUGCCUUUCCUUGAUGAGAUAUCUACCAGCCCAAUAAUCCAAAACCACCAACUGCAUCACCUUAGCACCGAUAGAUCAAAAACAUCCACAAGCAGCACUGCAAACGAGCCUCCGCCACCACCAUCACCUGGUAAAACAAAGCGUGUAAGGAAGAAAAGAAGUGCUGGGAAAAAAGACAGACAUAGCAAGAUUCAUACAGCUCAGGGCCUUAGAGAUAGAAGAAUGCGAUUGUCUCUCCAUAUUGCUCGCAAGUUUUUUGGUCUUCAAGAUAUGUUAGGGUUUGACAAAGCAAGUAAAACUAUUGAGUGGCUCUUUUCCAAGUCUAAGAAGGCAAUAGAAGAAGUCACCGAAGGGUUUCAGUCACAAAACACAACUCAAAGCGUAAGCAACGAGAAUAACGAGAGAUGCCAAUCCCCUGUGUCCGAUUGCAUAGUGGAUUCGGACAUUGACUAUAACAAUCCUUUUUCCAACAAAGGUAAACAACUGAGGCUCCAAGAUGAUAUGGACAGUUGGAACUCAAGAAAGCCAACAGAAAGUGAUGUUUUGGCAAGGGAGUCGAGGGACAAAGCAAGGGCAAGAGCAAGGGAAAGAACUCGAGAGAGAAUGAUGAUCAACAAUCUUGAGAAAUCGAAGCAGAUGUUUGGAUCAAACUGUAAUGAUGAUUUUGACCAACUGCAGUUAGGGUUUUCAGUAAACCCUAAUAAUCACUACAUCAAAGAAUCAUCAAACUCUCCUCUUGAACAUUCAGGUACACAUCAUUUUUAUGAGCAGGCACAGAUGGAUGGUAUUACAGAGAAAACCGAGGACUAUUUGAGGGCUACUGCUGCAAGCUCAUCAUCAUAUUUUUCCGGAUAUGGUUACAACAAAAGUUUUGCGAACCCACCUGCUGGGUGGUUAAAUUCUAGCAACACAUUUUUGGGUUUUUUUGGAGGUUGGGAUUCAGAGAACAUCAGAGUGGAAUCUGACAACUACGGGAUUUUACCAAAUACUGCUUCAUCAACAGGUGAUAUUCAUGAACAAAGUCUUAGCUCCCUUAUUUAUCCUCACACCAAUCUUUUGCAUUUCCAACCCCAAAACGAAAGAGAUUAACAGUGUUUUACUGGAAGAGUUGUUGUGUGUUUGUCUACCUAAAUUACAAUUAUUGUUUUUCAGUCACCUUUCCAUCUUUUUGUUUGAGGGUUCAGUAUAAUGGAUGACGAGAAUAAUGGGAGCUAGCAUCUGUGUCCAAAAUAUGCCAUUUUGUUUCUUUAUUUGGUAUACAAAAUAUAUAGCUACUUCCAAAAACACUAUUUAUUUGAUGUAAUAACAUGUUAUUUGAAGAUACUGAAGAACAUAAUUGUCUUAAUUAUAUCAAGCAGUAAAGGUGGCAAAAAAAUCUACUCCCUUUUACUCUUAAGCAUGGACUUCUUGCUGGAAUGUAUUCGAGCAAUAUGAUAGUUAUCAAGCUGUAUGGAUUAGAUU